AUGGGCGGAACCAGCAGAGACAAUUCGCUCGCUGCGCCGGCACACCGGGCGCUCUCCAAGGGCAACGUCAGCUCCUCUGCGACAUCCGUCACAAGCAGCGACGGCCAGGGCGAUGCGGGCAGCGACCUGCACGUGUCUGGCGACGGCGCAUUGGACAGGAGGAAGAGUCGCGGCUCCGAAGACGCCAGUAGCGAGACGUCUUCGCACCGCCGCAAGCUAUCGAGGAUGUUCAAAGGCCGCAAAGGACGGCGCAAGUCCAUGCAGGAAGACAUCUCGCCGGGAGAACUGGACCAAGACGUGCCGCCCUUACCGGACGUGCCCAUCGUCAGGGCGCCUGGUGAAGGCCUGCGCUCCCACAGCGACGACUCAUUGGGGCUCCACAAGAGUGUCGCGAGCAGCCUGCUAACAGAGGACUCGGACGCAGAAUCCUCCCCGGUACGCCCUGGCAUAUCACCACACCAGUCGCACGCCGGCUACCUCACCCUCUCUUCGCCCUUGAUCAACUCUGAGACGCUCGAUUCUGUGGCGCAGUCCGAAGCGACUCUAAUCGACGCUCCCCUCUCCUCGGAAGAGCCGCCAACUCCACGACAGGCGCAGACCAUCGACAUCGGAUCAGCCAAGCGGGGCACUUCGCCCGUCAGCAAGCUCAAGGACGCAUUUGUGCCUGCGCGACGGUCAACUUCUCCAAAGCCGCCGACCGAUACAACUGAAGGCGCUCGGCCGAGCACCAGUGGAGGCCUCGGGGCGCUGUUUGGAGGAAAGAAGCGGGACGCCAGACUCGUCGAUGAUAGCGAUCUCCAGGCAUCACCACCACAAAUCCACUACAGCAGGGACACGCAGUCUACCUCGUCGUUACCAAAAUCCGCCCCCCAACGCAUCUUCACACAGAUCCCUGCGACCCCACCAAAUCUGGUAGACGCCCCCACCACCCUGGUUACACCUCCGACGCCGACAGAUGCCCGACCUGCUUCCCCUGCAUCGGCCUCCAGCAUAAAGAACGGGGGUAAGCACGGCUCUGCGCAGUCAAGCCCGAAUGUGGUUGUCUCACCCUCGGGUAAUAUGAUAUCGCACAGACGAGCGCGCUCAGCCACAAACCCCCCUAGUAAACUGUCCAAUUCCAUCACAGCGCCUCUGACGCCUACAAUAGAGGAAGCGAAGACCCCUGGCGGUGGUUUUUCUGUUCCACCACAGUCUCCCAGCGGAUUCUUUUCUUCUGUAUUCUCAGCUGCACAAAACGCAGCCAACACCCUGAGCACCACAAUUGCCAACAGUGCUGCUCAGAAUAAGAACAAGUCUGCAACCCAGCAAAAAUCGGACGAAACCAAACUUGAAGAGACGGGCGGAGAAGAGGUUAUUGGCCCCGAAAACGCGCAGCCAACGGUGAACACUGGAAGUGAAAAGCGCAAGCUCGCAGUAGAGACACUUGGAUCUGGGAACUUGAGUCUAGCCCACCUUGGGAUCUCGGAUAGCUCGGAUCCAAGUCCCAUGUCUUCCGCGACGCAUCUACCACUCAAGUCUGACGAGGUUUCAGCGAGGGCAUCAGAUAUGGCAGCGGCGCAAGCGGUGUCGGCUGCAUAUGCUGGGGAACCAUCGACGACCGUCAAUGGCGACCGUCCCCGCUCACUCACAACCAACUCUGCACCGACCACCACAUCUGCCGGCGCAAUGUCUCCACCGCGACAAGCAGAUGUUUCCGAUUCUCCAGCAGGCGCAUCUAUACAGCGACAAGGUAGUAUUCGGAGCCGCAUAAGCGGUGGGCGAAAAAGGCGGCACAGAGGCAGCUCUGCCACCACUGGUAAUACGAUAGCCGCUGCGAUUGGCGCCAGCACACACACCUUGGCACCGCAAGCAUCACUGAGCGGACAGCGCCUCAAUGGAACCGGAUUCGCUGUUGCGUCAUCAAAACGGAAUAAAGACUUCCACGCGCUUUUUAAGAGUGUGCCUGAGGACGAUUAUUUGAUCGAGGACUACAGUGCCGCCCUUCAGAAAGAGAUUCUAUUACAAGGGCGAUUAUACGUCUCCGAGGGCCAUUUGUGCUUCUCGAGCAACAUUCUUGGCUGGGUCACCAACCUUGUCAUCAGCUUUGAUGAAGUCGUCUCGGUGGAGAAGAAGACGACUGCAAUGAUGUUUCCGAAUGCUAUCGUCAUUCAGACCCUCCACGCGCGCAACGUCUUUGCGUCUUUCCUUACCAGAGAUGCUACGUACGAUCUGAUAAUAGGAAUCUGGAAAAUCUCACACCCCAACUUGAAGUCGUCCUUAAACGGCGUCGCUCUCGAUGGAUCAGCGGGAACCGGCGACAAGACGGAGAAGGCCGAGUCCAUUGCUAGUGACGAAGGAUCUGACGACGGUUCCGAAGACGAGGUGUACGAUGAGGAUGAAGAGGAAGACGGCAUUGGCAGCUUCACCGAAGCAGGCGAAGGCAGCGUUGCCGGUAGCGAGACAGCAUCUGUACAGGGAGAGACUCGCAAAGCCAGCGCCGCCGUGGCGCAAGCUGUCAGCGGAGGAUCUGCGAAGCUGAUCGACAGUGCUGAAGUUGUAGCAAAUGCUGCCCCGGCUGCGCAAGACUUCCCGGGUGCUGCAAACCACGCGCCGACUGAUUGCGGCGAUAACGACCAGCACUAUGACAAGCUCCUCAUCGAUACAACUAUUCCAGCACCUCUCGGCAAAGUCUACAGCCUUAUGUUUGGUCCCGCUUCCGGAGCAUUUAUGAAAAAAUGGUUGAUUGAAGAUCAAAAAUCGACAGAUUUGCAACUUGAAGACGACGGAAAGGGGUUGGACGACACCCACAAAUCCAUGUCUUUUUCAUAUACCAAGCCCCUCGGCGGUGGUAUUGGGCCGAGCAAGACAAGAUGCAACAUUAAUUCGACUGUGGAGCAGUUCAACCUGGAUAAGGCCGUAACUGUGCUCUGCAGCACGCAGACACCGGACGUACCAAGCGGCAAUGUCUUCUUAGUGAAAACGAGGUACUGCCUUAUGUGGGGGCCCAACAACAGCACACGGAUCAUUAUGACAUUUGCUGUUGAAUGGAGUGGGAAGAGUUGGCUCAAGGGUCCGAUUGAAAAGGGUGCGAACGAUGGUCAGAUGACCUACGCGACCGCCCUCAGCGCCGCACUACGUACAGCAGUUGUUAGAAACGCAGCUCCGAGAGCGCCUGGGAAAGGCGGAAAAGGCAAGAAACGCUCGAAAACCCAGAUCGUUGACGAAGCCGCUGCACCUACACCGGCAGCCACAUCAGCGGCUGCGCAGCCAAAGGAACCCAGCUGGGGCCCAUUGGAUCCUCUACGUAGCCUUCUUCCCGGGCCUCUCGUCAGUAUCAUCGAUACUCUCUUCACAACACAAAACAUCAUCCUUAUCCUCGGCGCUCUUCUCAUUUACGCAUGGUUUUUCCGCUCAUCUACUACACAAAUCGGACCGCACGCUCACCUCUCGACGGCGCAACGGCAGGUGGCUUACGAGCAAAUAUGGCGCUCGGAAGAAGCGGAGCUUUGGAAGUGGCUCGAGGAGCGCGUUGCACUUGAUCACGUCCAUGGCACGGUGGCUUCGGGAGGCGUGUUGCAGGGUCAAGAGACUCAGAGUCGUCUAGUUGCCAAAGGGAUGAAGGAGCGCCAGAUCGACGAGGCAAUCAGGACCACAGAAGAAAGACUGAGCGCGCUGAAGGGUGCAGUCAAGCGAGAGAGGGAGACAGGCACCAGGAGCCCGCGCGAAGAACAAACCUAG